GUUUACAUGCUGUUUCCCUCUUUCACGCACACACACACCCCGUCCUGCUGCGUGAUUGGCUGUGACAUGUGAGACACUCCCACACCCAGGUGCGACAGUCAGCAGCAGAUCAGGCUUCAGCUUUCAGUUCUCACGGCUGCACAGACAGGCGCUGGCUCGGACACAUCCGGCGAGGGGGAUGACAGAGCAGUGUGUGGAGCAGCAGACAUCGCAGGAGGACGUCCGGAGGAGCAACAGAGGACAGGACCGAGACUAUCACUCAGACGUUGAGAAUACGACAGACGGUUGCCACAGAUGUGGGAGGAUGGUUGACGAGGCUCUGCAGACGGACCAGGACCACCUGGAGCUUCCAGGCAGGAAGAAACCUGCGCUGGUCAGGUCAAAAACGUUGGAUAACUCGCUGCUGACAUCAGUCCAAACAGACGCAGACUCCAAGUUGGACAGGAAGAAGUCUCAGUACAGCCAGCUUUCAAAGGGGAACGGCCAUUACCAUAAAAUAUUUAAGGAGAUCAGCAAAGAUGAGCAGCUCAGACAGAGUUACACCUGCGCCCUGCAGAAGGACAUCCUCUAUCAGGGGCGAAUGUUUGUCUCCGACAACUGGAUUUGCUUUCACUCCAAAGUUUUCGGAAAAGACACAAAGAUCGCCAUUCCAGUGACUUCCAUCACACACAUCAAGAAGACCAAAACGGCCAUCCUUCUGCCAAACGCUUUGGUGGUUGCUACCGCACACGACAGGUACGUCUUUGUGUCCUUCCUGUCGAGAGACAACACCUACAAGUUUCUGAUAGCCGCCUGUCUUCACCUGGAGAAGAGUCCCUGCAGCAGCCCCAUCCCAUCCUCAGUAGAUCACAGCUUCACAAGCCAGAGGUCGCCGCUGUCACCUCGUUUUCCUCUGAGUGAUCGAGUUGGAGGAAGGAGGCAGAGGAGGCCGGAGUCCGAGGAGAGCAGCAGUUCUGACUCCCAGAAUCUAGAAUACGACAAGAUGGCAGAGUUCCCUGUUCCUCCGUUUCUGGAUGUUCUGAGCCACACUGAAAACACAUCCCCUCCAGAGCAGCAGCACAAAGCCAAGAAGCAGCAUCUGAACCAGCAGAGCCCCGACGUCAAGCAGCACAGCCUCAAGGGCGCCGGCUCAGAUGUGAUCAUUGACAGCAGGCUCCUGAAACCAGUUUCUCUCAACAAUCUGCUGAUUAUCUACAUUUUUCUAGUCUGCGUCCUGGUCCUUUCCUCCUGUUACCUGACGUUCAGAAUCGUGUCGUUGGAGCAAAGGCUGACAUCGCUCGGCUCAGUGGCCGACUUCAGGCUUCACGAAAACAGCAUUCUGUCGAGGAGUGCUGACGUAAACGCAGAGCUCUUCUCUGAACUUCUGACCGUCAACCUGCUGAAGCUGGAGAAGGUGCAGAAGAACCUCCAGAGGCUGCUGGAAGAAGCUGCUUGAGGCUCCUGUGCAUAGAGAAACUGAGCCAUGAGGAUCUGUAAAUAUUCAAUUCAUGUUUAGUUUGUUACAGACUGAUUCUGGCGCACAGAGGAAAAGAAGGCUGCCUGGAACGCCGUGGUGCAGCGUCCCAAUGCAGCAUCUCAAGGCUUAAAUCUAUCCAUCAAGCCCUCCCCACAUUAAGUUGUAGAAUUCUACUGGAAUAUUUCUUCAGCUCAUAAAGAAGCAGAACUCGAGAGGAUCGAGUUGUUUUCAGUUGUUAUAUUUGUCGUCUUUUCUUUAGUUAUAUCUGUGUUCUGUUUUCAUCACAGCACACCUGGUUUUGUGUUUAAUCUCUCAUCUGUUUCAGUUAUUUGAACCUGCGUGUAUUUAAAUCCACUGAGUUCAGUUGUUCUCUGUCUCAUCAUUUUCUUGUUUUUUGUCUUAAAGUUUUUGUUUUUGUUGAAGUUUUCAUUUUUAAGUGACCAAUCCACGUCUCCUGUUCUCGAGACAGAAGAGGCUUCAUUAGAGGACUGAAUGUGAACAAAGCAAAUGUAUGGGAGAAACCAGCCAAGUGGAAAACAAACGUUAGUAAGAAAUGAAAGAAAUGAAUCAUUCAAUAGCUGGAUGAUCAUUUUAAAGUUGAAUCCUUAGAGUUUCUCUCAAAAUGAAAUUCUACUGUGUGGUACAAGAAGUAACUUCACUGAAUUAUGAAAGUUUUUUUAUGUAUUCAUGUAGCACGCACUAAAUACUGACAACAGGAAUAGGAACACUUCAAAACAGAGACUUUAAAAAUGAUCUGAUUAAAACUGUGUUUUUAUUUGUCUUAUGCUCCGAUCAUCUUUUGUAAAAGUGGUCUUUUAAUUAAGAUUAUGAUGUUUUUAGCCAAAAUUUUAAAAAAGAAGUUGUCUAGGACAUAGUUUCUGCAGGAGUUCAUUAGAAAUUCACCUCUGAAUUGUGAGCGGAACUGUUGACUGUUGACCUCACUGUCACCCAAACCGCUAGCUUACAGCUACUCACAACCCCACCCUAACAUUAACAGUGCAACAAAUAAGAAUCAAUAUUGGAGAUAUCCCGUCAUACAGUUUUGAACCAGAUUCCAUACCAGGAAAACAAAACUGUACAUGGAUGCAGUCGUCUCCAUCAGAAUGGAGUGAAGCUUGUGGCCCGCCCCGCGUAUUUUCUACUUAACAAAAACGUUUUUUUUCUGACAGCAUUUUCUCGUGUGCUCCUUAUUCGCAAUGAUUUGAGUAAAAAAAAUACUAAGAAAUGCCUUUUUGAGCCUAAUUUUCCUCAUGUGUCCUCCAUCAUCAGAAAAAUGCUAAAAGAAGAUGUUAAAAACACCCAAAACUUCCUUUUCAUGGGAGUGUGCAGCAGAAGGUGUGAUGUUGAUUUCUGGAUUAGUGUCUUUCCAUCUGACUCGGCAGAGUGUUACAGUGACAUGACCCAUAAAUACACUCAAACUGAAGAAUUGAGAAAUGUAAUGUUACUUUGUAAAAUGAGCUCAUAAAAAUAAAGUUUUAUUUUUGCUGUAA